AUGGAUGGAGUUAUCAAUAAAGGGCAUGCAGAAGUUGCUCCUCCAUUGAAGAAUGAUGAAGAGUUGCCGGGUUGUUACCUUCAAGAAUGGAAAUCUUGGAAAAAUUAUUUAAAAGAACUACAAAACAUUUCAAUACCACGUGCGUACCCACUUACCUUUGGUGAAAUGGUUGGACUUCAUGUGUUUUGCGACGCAUCGGAAGUAGCAGUUGCCGCCGUAGCCUACUUGGUCAGUAAAGAUGGUGAACAUAGACACACAGGUUUUGUCUUUGGUAAGUCGAGGUUAGCACCGAAAGCGGGACACACAAUCCCUAGACUGGAGCUGUGUGCAGCCGUAUUGACUAUAGAGAUAGCAAAAGUAAUCUGUGCUGAAGUCGAUAUACCUUCUCAAGAGGUGACCUAUCAUUCGGACAGCAAGGUAGUCUUAGGAUACCUAAACAACACAACUAGGCGUUUUCAUACGUACGUAGCAAACAGGGUGUUCAAAAUCUUGCAAUUUUCUGAUCCCCAUCAAUGGAAGUAA